UUUUUUGAGAGCAGUGCAAUAGUCAUUGCAGAGAGAUUGUGUGGGGAGGUUAAUAGCAAUUAAUUAAAAGCAAUAUAAUUUUAAUAAAAUAUGUAGUGUUUGUUAAUAAUUUGUUAAGGUUACACAAAUAUUUUACAGGUUGAAAUUGUCUAGUAGCAAGUGCGCGCAAUAUGGGCAAAGAUCAUGAUUUACUGGAAGCAUCGCGUAAUGGGAACAUUUCAUUGGUAGGAAAAAUUUUGGAUAGUUUGCGCAAACGCACAGGUCCUUUAUCAAGUUUCAGACGCGGUCCUAGUGUAAAUGCUCAAGAUGUUAAUGGAUAUACCGCAUUGCAUCACGCUUGUUUAAAUGGACAUAGUAAUAUAGUUGUUUUAUUAUUGGCAUAUGAUGUAAUACCAGAUGUACCUGAUAUACGUGGGUCCACUCCUUUGUACCUUGCCGCUUGGGCUGGCCACCAUGAUAUUGUCAAAAUAUUAUUAAUGCACACAAAUAAACCUGCAAAUCCCAAUGCACAAACAAUAGAUAAUGAAACGCCACUACAUUGUGCUGCACAACAUGGACACAAUGCUGUCUUAUCAAUAUUAAUUUCAUAUGGUGCCGAUCCGACUAUAAGGAAUAAUAGUUUUCAAACACCACUCGAUCUUGCUGCACAGUUUGGACGUUUGCAAGCCGUACAAAUACUUUUGCGUAUGCAUCCUGAAUUAAUUGAUCCCUAUAAAAAUUGUGCUAAAAAUAUAGAGAUAUCUGCUGCCAACACACCUACGAAACUUACAUUCACACAUACAUGUUUACAUCUUGCUAGUCGAAAUGGCCAUAAAAAAGUCGUGGAGACACUUUUAACAGCUGGUGUUGAUGUGAAUUUGUUAACUCAUGCCGGCACAGCUUUGCAUGAAGCUGCGCUAUGUGGUAAAAAGUCUGUUGUUUUAACUCUACUGAAGGCAGGUAUAGACCCAAAUGCAAAGGAUGGGAAUGGACGUACAGCAUUGGAUUUAUUAAAAGUUUAUCCACCACAUGUUACUUACGAAAUUGUUACUGCCAUACAAGAUUUUUGUAAGAAACGCACAAUUGAAAAUGAAAACAAUAAUAAUUUGAACCAAAGUGAUGAUUCAAUGCGGGAUAAAUCCCAUACAAUGCCAAGAACUUUGUACGAGAAGAACUCUAAUAUUGCGAACAGUAAUGGCAAUAGUAAAUUUUUAACAACAAAUAUUUUAGUUGGAAAAACCACUAAAUCAAAUGGUCUCUCAUGUUCCAUGAGUUCAUUAGAAAAAAUAUCAUCUAAUAAAAAGCCACAUUAUUUAAAAAUGAAACCGAUAUUACAAAAGUCUGCAAACGACCUAACAACGCUUGGAAAUCCUCCGCUUCCACCUAAAAAAAAUGCAUCUCUUAAUAAUUUGUUAAAUAAUAGUUUAGACAAUAGUCCGAUUAAACCUACAAUAACCAGAAAGAAGUUUGUUCCAAAGUCUUAUGAGCAGAUAUGUUUGGCUAAGUCAGGAGGUUAUUCAAGUUCAGGCAGUGCGAAUAGUAUGGACAAUAUACCAAACCGGAGGAGAGGUCGUUGCGUGGAUGAAUAUGUUGUAAUGUCAGCACCCGAUACUAAAUCUGCUAACAAUUCAUCAACAUUAAAUGUAGAAGCAAAGCAAGCAAUUAUUAAUAAACCAAAAUUGAAAAAACCUUUUCCUAGUCCACGUAAUUUCGAAUAUAAAAAAUCUGCUGAAUAUGGGGAUUAUGCAAAUAUUAACUCUGUAGUCAAUUCUAACAAAGCUGAAAGAGAUUUUAAGCUAAAAAGCAAGAUUUACGAUGCUAACAACAAUAAAGCACAUUCGCCAACUCCAGAAUUUCCACCGCCAACAGUUGCUGAAGCAGAAUCUACUAUACAUGAAUUUAUACAUCCGCGUAAUAUGGAUAUGCAACGUGCAUCUAUAAAAUUAAGAAUAAAUGAGAGUAUCGAUAACGAUAACCCCGAAUCUGCAGCAGAAUCGGGGGAGUCGCACAGCUUACGUGCUUCCGACUGCUUGGAGGAGUUUAUAAGUGAAGUGCCAUUUGCUGGUCUUUUUAAAGGGUCUACACUUAAUCUACAUAUGGAUGAAGUUGAAUAUAGCAUAUUAGAUCGACGUUCAAGUGUUUUACGUUCACCCAGCCUAGUACGUUCUCUUAUGAAACCCGUACCAGCAAAGCGAAAUUUUGUUACACAAAAAUCUACACCGCCAAUUGAAAAUUUAAAUGAAUCCAAAGAGUGGGAAGAGAUUAAUACAAUUUUCGAAUCCAUCGGUAUGGAGGUGUUCAAUGCUAAUGAAAAGAAUACUGAAAAAAAUACAUUAAACUUAAAAGACGUAUUGCCUGCAAAGUCAGUGACGCAAAAUGAAUUUAAAAUGCGUAAACCCUCUGAUCUGGCUUUAGGUAUCUCUAGUAAUUUAUCAACCAAUUGGUGCCAUUCUCCAAAUACAUUAAUUUAUGGACAAAUUUUGUAUAACGUUUAUUAUCUCGGUUCUACGCUUAUCAAGGUACUGCAAGGCACGGUUUCUACACGUAAGUCAAUACAGAAGCUGAAACGAAAUGAAAAUAUGGUCGGCAAUGACUUAGAGGUGAAUUUAUUACAAGAUUGUAAUACAACCACGAAGUAUGUGAAGACAAACCAUCAACAGACACGUUUAGAAGUUGGAAUCGCCAUAUCACAUAUGGGCGUAAAAUUUAUGGAUAAUGUUAAUAAGAACACUAUUUGUUUGCAUGAUAUUGAAAAUAUUAAUUGUGUCUGCCAAGAUUCGGAAGAUCUGCGGUAUUUUGCAUAUAUAACCAAAGAAGACGACAUACAUUAUUGUCAUGUUUUUAUGGUAGACAAUUUGGAAUUGGCAUCAGAAAUAAUUUUGACUUUAGGUCAAGCAUUUGAGGUUGCCUAUCAACUUGCUAUGAAAAGAGAUAGCAUCUCCCCUGAUAAUGGAUUUAAAAGUUCUGAUAGUGUUUUUAUAGAAAAUGAGUAAUUUUUCAAUUAUUGUAUUAAGCAUUUAAUUAUCCGAUAAUGUAUUUUUUUUA